AUAGAAGGAUGGGAGGCAGCACUCACAGAAGAACAGAGCAAUGUACACACACAGACUCCACCCAAUGAACAACUGACUCCAGGAGGUUCCCUCCUCUGGGAGGAGGCUCAGUUGUGGGAAUAAAAGUAGAGCAGACACCAGAGGGGCCCAUCUUGCCAGGAGCCUGAGAGACAAACCUCCUCUCCAGAGGAAGAGCCUAGCCCACAGCAGAGACUAUGGAGCUCAUCACCUCAGCCCCUCUCCACAUAGGACAGGUCUCCUGGAGGGGACUUCUGCUCACAGCCUUGCUUUUAGCCUUCUGGAACUUUGCCACCACUGCAGAACUCACUGUGGAGGCAGUUCCACCACACGCUGGUGAAGGGGACCAAGUUCUUUUCCUUGCCCAUAAUGUGCCAGAGACACAGAGGUUUUUUAACUGGUUCAGGGGGAAUCGACUUAAUAUGUCAAACAGCAUUAUACAAUUGAUAACACACAGAAGUAAAAUAGAAAAAGGGCCUCUCUACAGCGAAAGAGAGACAAUAUACACCGAUGAAUCCUUACUCUUCAAGAAUGUCACUAAGAAAGAUGCAGGAGUCUAUUUGCUAGUUGCGACUACGGAAGACCUUGAUGAAAAGAAAGCAACUCUGCAAUUAUAUGUACACGAUCCAGUGACUCUACCCUCCAUCCAAGUCACCAACACCACAGUCAAAGACCUGACGUCUAUAUUCCUGACCUGCUUGUCAAAUGACACGGAUAUCUCCAUCCAUUGGCUCUUCAACUCUCAGCGUCUGAGAAUCACAAAUAAGAUGAUGCUGUCCCCGAACAACAGCACCCUCCAAAUAGACCCUGCCAGGAGUGAGAAUUCAGGGGACUAUCAGUGUGAGGUAACCAAGGGAUUUGUUAACAAGAGGAGUGACCGCAUCACUCUGAACAUAAUAGAUCCAGUGACUCUACCCUUCAUCCAAGUCACCAACACCACAGUCAAAAAUAUGAUCUCUGUGUUCCUGACCUGCUUGUCAAAUGACACGGAUAUCUCCAUCCAUUGGCUUUUCAAAGGCCAGAGUGUGGAGCUCACAGACAGGGUAAGGCUGUCCCAGAACAACAGCACCCUCCAAAUAGACUCUGUGAGGAGUGAGGAUUCCGGGGACUAUCAGUGUAAAGUAUCCAAUCAAAUCAGUUCCAAGAGGAGUGACCCCAUCCAGCUGGACAUAAAACGUGAACCUCCAAAACCAAAAAAACAUCGACCCUCAUCAAGGGGUAUUAUUGGCAUUGUUGCCCAAUGUCUGAUGGGGCUGAUUGCAGUAAUAGUUGUACUGUUUUUCCUGUGGCGCAGCCGUCAUGGCAGGUGA